CGGCUGUAGGACAGCUGUACUGGCUGUCUGUACAACAAAGCAACACGACAACAUCGAACUGCCUCAGGGAAAGGAGCUCGUCUAGCCACGACAUUCUCUCUAGGCAAAUGACAACAGAUCCAUCGUCUUAAACGACGACAAAAUCAACUCCAACACGAGCCACUCAAAUUGUAAAGCUAUUUUGCAGUUAACAGAGUGCGAAGUCGAGAAUCAGACAAAGUCGCGAACAAAAAGCCUUCCCAUCGCAUAGGCCAGUACCAGAGCACCAUGGGUCGAAUUUUUCUGGAUCACAUCGGUGGGACACGCCUCUUUUCAUGUGCCAACUGUGACACCAUCCUGACCAACCGCUCCGAGCUCAUCUCUACGCGGUUUACUGGGGCUACAGGUCGAGCUUUCCUAUUUAACAAGGUUGUGAACCUGCAAUACAGCGAGGUGCAGGACCGGGUGAUGUUGACCGGGCGACACAUGGUGCGAGACGUCAGCUGCAAGAACUGCAACAGCAAGCUGGGCUGGAUCUACGAGUUCGCCACUGAGGACAGCCAGCGCUACAAGGAGGGCCGCGUGAUCCUGGAGCGGGCGCUGGUGCGGGAGAGCGAGGGCUUCGAGGAGCACGUGCCCUCAGACAACUCCUGAGGCCAGCGCCUGCCCCCUUUGCCCUUAUCCUUAUCUGACCUCCUCUCAGCCAUCUUCAGUUUGCCAUUCAGAUGCCCUUGCCACACACACACACACACACAUCUACACACACACACACACACACACACACUCUCUCUGUGAAGACCAGUCUCCUUCAGUGCCAUCCUGCAGUGUGUGCGCUUUCUAUUUCUGUGUGUCUAGAGAUGCAGUGACUUUGGCUUGAGACCAGCAGUCCCUUAGGCGACCCUUCCUGAUGUCUUGGAGUCUUAUCAAAGAGGACUUCGUUCCUAGUGCUCUCCGUAGAAUGCAUCCGAUCACAAGCCUCAAAAGGACCAGGCAGUACAGGUAGGUUAGAGAUCUGCCACAGUAUUGGGGCCACAGUGCUGGCCAAGGACCCUCAAUAGUGUGCUGUAGCCUAUAUAUAGGCAUCAGACAGGGGAGAUUCCAUUCUAGCUGCCUUGUGCCUGUCGGCUCUGUUUGGCUGUCCUAGUGUCCAUAUGCUCUCCGUGGGACUUGCAUGUGGAGGAAAUAUGUAUGGAAUCAUCAGUAUCCUUCGUGGACUACAUCACCCAUGACCAUCCAGAGCUCACAUCAUUAAAUGGAUCUCAGAUCUUCUUUCAAGCCCUUUCUUUCUUUCUUUCUUUCUUUCUUUCUUUCUAUUGUUCACUCUUCCUAAAAGUGAUUAGUGAUUCAAAAUGCUGUUAGAAAUAUAUGUUAUACCUCUAAAAUAAUUUAAUUAGUCCAAUUGUUUUAUUGUAAAGCACCUUGUGUUAAUGUUUUCAUUAUUAAAGUGUGUUCUUGCUGGA